GUGGGCUGAAUCGCGAAAGGUAGGCCAACUGUGAUGAUAUAAUCGAUUUUUUUGUUUAAAUUGCAGGAUGCAUUGUGCAUUUAAGGCAACUUGAUAUAGCUUUGUUGUGACUUCUUAGAUGUGGUUUCUGGCAUUUCACCACAAUUCACAAUCUGAAUCCAAAAGCACUUCCCUUGUCCACAGACCUGACGCUCGCUUUCUCCUGAAUCUCAACACCAUGCCCUCUCAUCAGUGACUAGUGAGGGACUGCAGAAGUUUUCGGCUGUGGCUCAUCCAGUCUUCACCGGAUCUAGCCACCAAGGCAUCCUUCGGUGAGGCGGCGUCGCUAGUGCGCGCGCGGCUGCGUCCGGCCUUCGGUCGUCGCCAUGGACGUGCCGCCCGACCGCCAGGUAGCCGACUACUUCAUCCACUGCGGGCUGCCCGAGCAGCUGUGUGAGCUGGACGCGCCGCUCGAGGACUUUCCGCUCAAACCGUCCCACAACUAUGCGCCGAUCACGGACGUGGCCGUCAUCUUUCCGUCCGAGGAGCCGGUGCCGUCCGGCUACCGGUGCAUCGAGAAGACGCCCACAGGUCUGUCGGCCGACCUGAACCACGGCAGCAUCCGCAGUCCCGAGGUGCUGCUCUGCUACAAACGCGGCUGGGACAAACCGCCGCUCGUGGACAUCGGCGUGCUGUACGAUGGCAAGGAGUACGUGAUGCCCGACUCGCAGGUGGUCGAGUUCACUCCCACCGGCCGGAUAGCCAACGUGAACAACAGCACUGCGCGCACGUACAUCACGUACAGACGUGCGUCCGACUCCUCGCCCUGCAACGAGCUGGUCGUCACAGACAUUUGCGUCAUCGUUCUCACAAAGGAUGAGGUACCGCCGCAUACCUACUGUAUCAUACCGAAGACCCUCAACAAGGGCAUGGUCGGAUCCGACGUCUACAUCUGCUAUAAAAAGUCGAUGCGACAACCGACGCGGGUCGUCUACAAGCCAGGUCUGCUGGGCCGGUUCCCGCUGGAGGACCGUCCCUACUUCCCGCUGCCCGAGUCAGUGCCCAUGUUCUGCUUGCCCAUGGGCGCCACAGUCGAAUGCUGGCCCUCGCAGGCCGCCACGCCCAAACCCGUCUUCUCGACGUUCGUUUUUACCGUGGCAGACGGCGCAGAGAAGGUGUACGGCAGCUCCAUCACGUUCUACGAGCGUUACCCGGACUCUCGUCUGACGGAGCAGCAGCGCCUCCAGUUGGGCAUCGACACCCACCAUCCCUCCGAGAUCUCCGUCAACGCCAACAAGUCGAUCGGCGUGCUGUCCCACUGGCCCUUCUUCGACACGUUCGAGAAGUUCCUGCAGUUUCUGCACCAGACGGCCAUCUCGGGCAGGCCCACAUCCGUGCCGCUCGAGAGGUACAUCAGCCACAUCCUGCUGGAGGUGCCGUUCCCCUCCGUGGCUCGGCCGUACGUGCACGUGCAGCUGGACGGCGGCGCGCCGAUCGUGGUCGCCCAGCCGUACUUCUCUCCGCUGCCCCAGAGCGGCGCCAGCUUCUGUAAGCUGCUGAAGAACCUGGGCCCGGACAACAGUCUGCUGGUGCUGCUGUUCACGCUGACGGAGCAGAAGCUGCUGCUGCACAGCCUGCGGCCCGACGUACUCACCAGGGUGGCCGAGGCCGUCUCCAUGAUGAUCUUCCCGUGCCUGUGGCAGUGUCCGUACAUCCCGCUGUGUCCGCUGGGUCUGGCCGACAUCCUGUCUGCGCCGGUACCGUUUCUGGUCGGUCUCGACAGUCGGUAUUUCGACAUGUACGACCCGCCGCCGGAGGUCACCUGUGUCGACCUCGACACCAACACCAUCUUCGUGGCGGAGGAGAAGCGGCACCUGGUCACCAAGCUGUUGCCGAAGAAGGCCUGCAAGCAGCUGCGCCAUUCGCUAGAAGCCGUGUUCGACCGGCUCUACUCCAUGUCCAGGAAAAGGGUGAAGGGAGGCAGUCCGGAGAUGGACCUGCGGGUGCAGAGGAUGGAACACCAGCUCGAGAUCGAGAUCCAGGAGGCAUUCCUCAGGUUCAUGGCCACGAUUCUGCGCGGCUACCAGGCGUACCUGAAGCCGAUCAAGUCCAAGCCCACCACCGGCACCACCGACCCCAGCUCACUCUUCAACCUCGACGGUUUCCUCAAGUCUCGGGACAAGGCGUACCAGCCGUUCUACCAGAUGCUGACGACGACGCAGUCGUUCAUCAGGUUUAUCGAGGAGCGCAGCUUUGUCUCCGACAAGGACGCCUACCACGUCUUCUUUGACGAGUGUCUCGCCAAGGACCUGGACUCUCCUGACUGCCGUCUUCUGGAGUCGGAGACCCCUCAGAGCGAGAGGACCGUGUUCGUACCGCCCCCGGAACAGAUGGAGGGCAGGCAGUUCGUCUACCACGAGUUUGGAGAGCUGCACCGGGAGCUGUUUUUAGCGCGCGCCACCUCGCUGCAGGCUCUGCCGCGGCCGCUGCCGGCCGUCGGCUCGGCCGCGCAGCUGGCCGGCCUGGCGGCCUCGGGCGCGGCGGCGCCCUCUCCGCUGGUGCGCCGCACCAAACACGAGGUCAUGUCGGCCCGCAAACAGGCGCUCAAACAGGCCGAGACGCCGGCCCUGUGGGCCCGCUACCUGGUCGGAACGUGCUUCAGCCUGUGGUUCGUCCACCUGCCCAGCUACGUGGAGGUGUGUGACAACAGCAAGGCAGCCAUGGACGAGGCCUUCCAGAUCAUGGUGGUCAUGCAGAAAAUACUCAACCAGAGCGUCGACGAGGUGUGCUACCGUGUGAUGAUGCAGCUGUGCGGCCAGCACCAGCUGCCUGUGCUGGCUGUCAAGGUGCUGUACAAGAUGAAACAGCUGGGCAUCCACCCGAACGCGCUCACCUACGGCUACUACAACAAGGCGGUGCUGGAGUCGGAGUGGCCCACCGACACCAUCGCCAUGGGACGCCUGCUCUGGAGCAAACUCAGGAACGUGGUACUAGCGGCGGCCGAGUUCCGGGCCGGUCCGCGCCGCUCCGACAGAAAGGGCUCCUCGUCCCAGCUGGGUAGCGGCGACCCGGCCGCCUCCAGCCAGUCGCUCGGACACACCAUGCUAGAGGCUGACCGUGCGUCGUGCUCCUCGCUGGGCAGCAGCCGCUCGGCACAGUCCUCCCGGCCAGACGGACGAGCCGCGCGUCCGUCAGUGGCGCGCGCGCUCAACUUUGGCCGGCUGGACUUCUCCGAGUCGGACCGUUUCCGAUCGCGGGUGGGCAGCAUCGUCAAGACGUCCGGAUCACGGAUACCCGGCUCGCCGCAAGUGACCAACUACGACAGCUCGGCCGGCGUUCUGAUGGUCUCCUGCCCUGAGGACGCGCCCUCCGCCGGCCCGCUGAGCGGCGGCAGCAGUGCGGGCGGCUCGGCGGCACCGGCCUCCGCCCGCCACCCCCUGGACUCGCCACACCAGGAGGAGUUGCGGGCCAGACACCUGAGCUGCAGCGAGACGCCCGAGCACCAGCAGAUCUCACUGCUACGGUCGACCAGUUUCGCGGGCGAUGACCAGAUUCUGGCCUGUCUCCGUGAGAUGGGCCACGACAGUCUGGACUCGGCCGUCGCUGCUGCUGCCGCCGGCGUCCCGGCUGGUGCUGGGGACCCCGGCGCUGCCCCCGGCCCCGGCCCCGGCGGGGGUGUAUCGGCAGCCUCCACCCCUCCCCCGGCCGCUCCGCCCGCCGUCCGCUCUCGCUCAGCCAGUCAGGACAUCAGUUUGGAGGAGCGCAUCAACGAAUACUACAGCGGCGAGGGCGACCGGCGGCGCAGCGACAGCCGGGAGCGCAGCGCUGACACGCGCAGUGUGGACAGUCUGGAGCUGCCCACCGACCCGCUGGGGGUGUGCGGCCUGCAGGCGCGCACCCCGGUCACAGAGAACGACCCGCUGGGGGCGCUGGGCCUGUCAGAGAGCCCGACCCGCACGCCGCCGGCGGCCGGCCGGCUGUCCGCCUCGCUCUCCCAGGCGUCCAGCUACCAGAGCAGAAAGGCCAGUCUUUUCAAGGCGGAGCCGUUCUCGGACGGGUUCGACCGGCCGGGCGACCAGGUCGAGAAGAACGGCAAACUGCCCAGCCCGGGCUCCGGGUCGGCGCUGGCCGGCUUCCGACUCCCGUUCAGCGCCAGUAGUAAGCUAGGCCUGGCCUCCAACCUGGCCUCGUACAACCUGCGCCGGGCAGAGCGGCGGUUCCGCCGGAGCAUCGACACCAUCACGCCGGAGCUCGACGGGCUCAUGAAAACCUACAGCCCUGCCAGUCUGAAGAACCACGAGCUGGUCAAGUCGGGGGUCAGCUCCAUCCGCUCGGCAGCCACCUCGAUGUACAAGAAGCUGGAUGAGCUGAAGGAGGUCAUGUCGAGCCAGAGUCCGGCGCUCACCAAAACCAUGAGCCUGACCAGUAUCGGCGAGGAUGACGUGUUGGACGACAUGCGUCACGCCGGCUCGGCAGAGGUGAUCCCCGGCUUCUCCGAGGCCUGGUGUGACGGACUCUUCAACGACACCCACUCCAGCUCCGAGCUGGCGGUGCCGGCGCCGCUGCCGCCCGCGCUGCCCGCGCCGCUCGCCCCGGUGGCCGUGGAGCUGGCCCUCACCUCCUGCAGUCGCUGCUACAAGUGCCAGGCCACCGUGUACGACGAGGAAAUCAUGGCCGGCUGGUCGGCAGAGGAGAGCAACCUCAACACCAAGUGCCCGUUCUGCCGUAAGCCGUUCGUGCCGCUGCUCACGGUGCACGUGCGCGACUUCCGGAACGUGAGCCGCGAACAGCGCGCCGCCGAGCAGCUCCAGCAGACGGAGGGAACCGCGGGCGUGCUGCUGGACCCCAUCACGCUGCCCUACCUGAGUCCGCUGGUGCUCCGUAAAGAGGUGGAGAAUGUGAUGGACCACGACGGCCAGGGCUGUCUGUCGGCGGCCACCUUCGUCGACGAGCACCCCAUCAUCUACUGGAACCUGGUGUGGUACAUGCAGCGGAUCAGUGUGCCGUCCCACCUCCCCGGCCUGUGUCUCCACUGCCGGCUGCUGGAGGAGCGGGGAGCUCCUGCCGACGGCUGGGAGCAGGCCUCCUGGAGACACGUCCAGGUCCGCUGUCUCUGGGACAACCCCAAACUGCACGACGAGAUUGUGCAGCCAAUGUACGUCCAGUGGAAGGAGUCGCCGCUACGAUCAUCGCUCGUCGAUGCCCUCGUCACCGACGAUCUGGCCUUCUCGAAAAACACUGUGCAGUCGGUACUCUCCUGCGUCCAAUGCACCACGCUGGACGCGGCGCUGUGCACGCUGAGCUCCAACAUCGGCGCGCGCCGGAUGCGGGACAAGCACUUCUCCACCUACCGGGACAUCAUGUUCCUGGCGUUCGCCGCCAUGGGCAGGGAGAACAUCGACCUCAUGCUGUACGACCGCGAGUACCGGCGGGCCUACGAGGAGCUACCCGAGGAGGACCGACAACAGCUGAACGAGGCCGACCGGCCGCCGUCGAACGCGGCACUCCUCUGCCGCCGCUUCUUCCGCGAGCUCGAGACCUGAGACGACGUGAGUUCUGAGACAGCUGGGAGACGCGGGACGUGGGUUCUGAGACAGCGGGGAGACGGUAGCUGAGAGCCACCGGCGGUUGGACGCGGAUGGAGCCGCGUCGCGUCAACCGGGGAGUACGGGACAGAGACCGUGAGUUGAAGUGUUCAUGUGUGUCUUUUGUGAUUAGGAAGGGAUGUUGAAAGGUUAGACUGUUGGGAGAGGAGAGGGGUAGUUGAGCGGCCGGCUUUCGGACCGGCUCGACCGGUGAGAGCUCCCGCCACUCUGACAUACGGGGUGUCCUCGGCUCCCGGCAGCUGCUGGGUCAGCCGCUGAGCUGCCGCCGUUGUUUCUCGUUCACCCCUGGCACGACCCGCGGUGACGCUGACGAGUACUAGCAGCUGUCUCACGUCCCUCCCCUCUCGGGGCUUUGUUGACUGGCUCGGGGUCUGCGAUGGCCUGACGUAGGAGCUUACACCGACGCUGGUCGCGGUGGAGGCGGCAGUCGGGCCUCGUCUCUCAUAUGUGUUCUGACGUCGAUUUGUGGCGUCUUCAGCUCCCCAGUGGUCCUGUUGCUCGCUGCAUUAGACCGGUCGUGUUGGACGUUGAGAAUACUAACGUCUGGUGUGAGUGGGUGGUCUAGCUCUGACAGGUUACCUAGGCGUUAUUCCCGUUAUACGUGAUCAGCCGCCCGUGGUGUGCCCGUAAGCCCAGCUGUCAGCUGUUCCUGUGUUCGCUAACCCGCCGCUCACGGCUGCGUUUUCUAGCUAUUUAGUCGCGAGUUUCUGCGGCGUCACUGACUGUGUUAUUGUGGUGUGUUCCCGGCGGCUGCCGUGUGUGUUCCGUUAUUGCUGUGUGCUCCGUGUGAGUGUGGGUAGGCGCGUCUGCCACUGAGUCCGGUUUUAGUGCGGGCUGAGGCGACAUGGCAGUUAGGAGCUUAUCAUAUCACCUGGCGCCGUCAGUUGCUAGAUUGAACAGAGGUUUAUCGGCCUUUUGCAGCUCUGAUAGCCCGGCGACGGGCGGGUUUAUCGACCGUUCACAGCUCUGAUAGCCCGGCGACGGGUAGGUUCAGAGUUGGUCGUUCGCAGUUCUGACGGUCGGGUUCAGAGUAGACCGUUCGCAGCUCUGACGGGCAGGUUUCAGAGCUGGCCGUGCGCAGCUCUGACGGGCGGGUUUCAGAGCUGGCCGUGCGCAGCUCCGCGGCCAGCCGCCGGCAGCCUAUAUUCCAUGUUGUCACGAUGCUAGUCCUCUGGGUGAUAUGGCCGCUGCUAGCUGUGUUUUCGAUAGUUUCUCACCGUACGAACGAGGCGGGACGUUUUGGUUUUCUUCGCGCAUGUUUUGAUAUUAGGGACUUUGUGUUGCGCCGAGCCGUCCGGUGUCUGAGGUGACCGUGUCGACUCCGGGGGCGGCGAGUGUGUGGUCUUCCAUGUCUAUUCUGUACGAAACCCUGCCGUGUACCGCUCCGGGCUUGGUUUGUUGCUGCUACUGCUGAGCCGUAGCGCUGCUACCGUAACACGGCUGCUACUCUCCCCUGAAUCACUAAUAGAGCCGACUGGUGCGCCUCCGUCCGCUGUCACAGACCGGAUGCGUUCGUGGGUGUUCUGCGCGCGAGCUCCGCGCCGUGUUGUCACGUGCUGUAGACAGAUCUAGCUCGACUCUAUGGUGGCCGUUACGGGCGCAGUUGUCGCGUCUGCCGGUAGGUGGCAGCGCUGUCGUGUGCUCCGUCGGGCGCCGGUAGAUGGCAGUAGUGGCGUGUUGUGCCCGCGCGGUAGCGGUGUUGGUAGCGGGCUGCAUUUCGGGAGAUUUAUAUUGACUGUAUCCGUGUCCAUAUUUGUACUGAAAGCCAUCGAGUUACGGGAGAGGCCUGUGUGCGGACGUGUGUUCGUGUGUGUUCACGUGUACGAGUAUCAUGCCAGCCAGCACUAUACAUACCUAUAUAAACGUAGCUUGACUCGUGCUGCUACUGCACUGAACUGGAAAUACAACCAGAACAUUAUUGG